UAUUGCUGCAAAUUGUAAUUUAAGCAAAUGGCAGCUAUUCGAGAUCCCACUGCGCCCGGUUACAACAUUGCCCGCGAUCCGGCAUUGGCAAAGAAUCGCAUUUACGUUGGAAACCUGCCGCUGUGCACGCGCGAGGAACUGGAGAGCAUUUGUCAUCCCUAUGGCAAAGUUUUGGGUUCGGCGGUGCAAAAGAAUUUCGGAUUUGUGCAGUUUGAAAGCGAGGAAAUAGCCAACAAAUGUGCAGAUGCGCUAAACAAAUCCAGCUUCAAAUCCAGAGAAUUGAAAGUGCGCAAUGCCAGCUUAAAAACAAAGGCGGCCAAGAAGGGAAAUAUUGUAGUAACUGCUGCAGGAAUUGGCGUCAUGGGCGGAGUAGGAGGAGUAGGUGCUCCCAUGACAGUCCAGGGCGGCAUAGUGAUGUCAGCAGCAGCGGCAGGAAAUGCAGCGCCCAUUAAUGAUUGCGAGAUAAUUGUGGUGAAUCGUGAUAAUACCAAGUACGCCGAGUUCAUUGAGGAUCGCCUGACCAAGGCGGGUAUGCGAGUGGAUGUGCUCUUUCCCAACGAGGAUGUUAUGCUGGGUCAGGUGCUGAGCAACAUCUCCACCCGUGGUUGCCUCUAUGCCGUCCUGGUUACACCCAAACACGAAGCGCUCAACAGCAUUACAGUCAAUAUUUUAUAUGGUGUGCCCGCCGAGCAUCGCAACAUGCCACUGGAGGAUGCCAUUAAAUUGAUAGUCAGAGAUUUUCUAGUCAAGCGGGAACAUGAUGCAGUAAUCAACGUCUCCCAUCAACAUAGACAUCCCGAUGCCAUGCAGAAAUUAAUAGAAAUGCUGGCGGAUAAUCGUCCUUUAACUGGAUUGCAAUAUGAAUGCAUUAUCCAGUAUCUGCAGGAAGAGCGGGAGAAGCAACUGAAACGGGAAUUGGGAGAUGCCAAUGCCUUGGCCAAACUACAGGCACCCGAUCCCGAAAUCGAGCUACAAAAGAGGAUACUAAGUAUUAUGAAUAAGCCAGCAGUAACAGAGCUCAACAUGGAAUUAAUGUACAACACAUUUGAGGAGGUCAAAGCGGAUGCAAGACUCAUGGAGCUGCUCAAGGAUGCGAGGGUCAUGAAAUCACUGGACAGCAUUUACAAAUCAGAGGAACUACUAGAGACCAUAUCACAAUGCUUUUAGAAUAACACAUUUUAUUUAUAUUUAUAUAUAGGAUUAGAAAAUAAAACUACGGCCAGGAACGCUUGGCCUCAUGACCCUCA